AUGGGAAUUGUGGGAACCAUACCUCCACAACUGGGAAAUCUUUCUUUUCUCGUCUGGCUGAAUGUUAUGAACAACAGCUUUCACGGACACCUUCCACCCGAGCUAUCUCAUCUGCGUCGAUUGAAAUACAUUAACCUUGCACACAAUGACCUUGAAGGAGAAUUUCCGUCAUGUUUGGGAGGUUUAACUGCACUUCGGCUCAAAAACUUCCCAUACAACAAAUUUUCAGGUUCAUUAUCAGAAGGGAUCUGUAAUUUCACAAAGCUGGAGUGGAUCAACUUGGGUUUCAACUUCUUAACAGGAAAUAUUCCGGAAGAAUUUAGUGCUCCGCCAAAACUGAAAAAUUUAGCAAUGGAAUUUGACCAACUUGUAGUCCCUCUGCCACAGGCUUUCUUCAACCUCACCUGA